UGACUCUCCGGCUGUUAUUAUGUCCGCGAACCGGCGCCGCCAACACCCAAACACAGUGCGGCAAAACAGGCGACUGGCACUCAGCGUCGACUCUAAUGAAUGAGUGCGCAGGAAGAAACAUGAGUCACGAGUGAGGUCUGCAUGAUGUCUUUCAAGGGUUUAUUUAACGGCGUGCUGUAUUUAACCGAAGGAAACACCCCUGGCUAAUGCCGUGUUUUGGGCAGCGAGGAAGGGGAACUUGGCUCUUCUUCAGCUGCUGCUCAACAGUGGGCGUGUGGACGCAGACUGCAGAGACAGUGUAGGGACGCUGCAUGUCCUGGCUGCUCAGCUGCACGCUUUAACCAUAACCCACCUGUGUAUGGGACGACGGCGCUGAUGGUGGCGUCAUACAGCGGCCAUUACGAGUGCGUGAAAGAACUUAUCAUGCAAGGAGCCGACAUCAACUAUCAGAGAGAGACAGGUUCCACCGCCCUGUUCUUCGCCUCCCAGCAGGGUCAUAAUGACAUUGUGAAGCUCCUCUUUGAAUUCGGUGCCUCCACUGAAUUCCAGACAAAGGACGGUGGCACGGCUGUCACCGUGGCCUCUCAGCACGGACACUACAAGGUGGUGGAGACCCUGCUGAAGAAUGGAGCCAAUGUUCACGACCAGUUGGAUGACGGUGCCACCUCUCUGUUUCUCGCUGCCCAGGAGGGUCAUGUGACUGUGAUUCGUCAGCUGCUUUCAUCUGGUGCCAAGGUUAACCAACCGAGGGAGGAUGGCACUGCCCCCCUGUGGAUGGCAGCCCAGAUGGGUCACAGUGAGGUGGUGAAGGUGCUUCUCUUACGUGGCGCAGAUCGGGAGGCUGACAGAAAAGAUGGAUCAACAGCACUUUUCAAAGCGGCUUUUAAGGGACACAACAGCGUCAUCGAGGAACUUCUCAAGUUUUCUCCUUCACUUGGCCUUCUCAAGAAUGGCUCUUCUGCCCUUCAUGCAGCUGUUAUGGGUGGAAAUAUUCGAACUGUUACGCUGCUGCUUGGUGCGAACGCAGACCCCACACUGCCCAACAAGAAUAAUGAACUCCCUGCAGAUCUUACAAAGAAUGAACGCAUCCUAAAGGUUUUACAUCCAAAAAUCUUAAAUGGAGACAGUUGAUGACCACCCAGAGUCCUGCCUUCAUGCCUGCGUGUAAAACCCUGAUAAUGUGUGCUGAGGGGGAAAGAAAACAACAACACGGUGUCAAAUCUACUCAACUACAAUAUGUACUGUACAUGGUACUUGCUUUUGAUUGCGGCUGAAAUGAAGCUGUCAAAUGUUGAAUAAACCUGGACUAAAUCUAGAGAGACACAGUGUGCAACCAAAAUGUUUGCGUCCGCCAUGUGCGUCGUCUCCUUUACGCUGUCGUUCUACAGUAUAAGCAUUUAUUUUUGUUGACCCCCCCAGGUGUUGUAAGAUUUCUAGAUAUUUUGCACACUUUUUAUUUGCCUUUUUAAUAGAUGUAAUAAAGUGUAAAUUUGUUAAUGAAU